CACCACUUCUCCGAGAAUCAAUGUCAAUGUACACGGCGGCACUCUCUCUCUCUCUCAUACCCACUCUCUUUCUCUCUCUAAGAUUAGCUUUCUCUCUCUAAAUUUGGCAUUCUUCAUAAAUUAGGGCUCCUCCAUUAAUUAUCAUCUAUCCAUUUUUCUCCCCCAUAAAGUCUCUCGGAAUUAGGGCUUAAUGUUUCAUUCGACUUUCUUGUUUCGCUCUCUGAAUUACUGGGUUUUCUUUUUCGUGAAUAUCCAUUUUUCCCUGUGAAAUAAAGCUUGAAAUGGCGGUCAUGGUGGCCAUGAGAUCAAGCUGGAGCAUUCUCAAAUAUGCUUUGUAUAAGGAGUGGAACCAGGUUUUUCAUGGCGGGUUCAGGAGGUUUAGUACGGGGACUGGUGCGACUCCAAAAAUUCCGCAUACUUCUAAGCGGGGGAGAAUAUUCACAGGAACCAUGUUGGGCCUGGUUAUAGCUGGUGGGGCAUAUGUGAGCACAGUGGAUGAGGCAACCUUCAGUGGGUGGCUUUUUUCUGCUACCAAAUUAGUCAACCCUUUCUUUGCCUUACUAGACCCGGAGACUGCACAUCGAUUAGCAAUAGCAGCGGCAGCUCGUGGCCUGGUUCCUCGCGAGAAGAGGCCUGACCCACCAAUUCUUGGGGUUGAAGUUUGGGGCCGUAAAUUUUCAAAUCCAAUAGGCCUCGCUGCUGGUUUUGAUAAAAAUGCAGAAGCGGUUGAGGGUUUGCUUGGGUUGGGAUAUGGCUUUGUAGAGGUUGGCUCUGUCACCCCUGUUCCUCAGGAGGGUAAUCCAAAGCCUCGUGUUUUCAGAAUUCCUCAGGAGGGUGCUCUCAUUAACCGAUACGGCUUUAAUAGUGAGGGUAUAGUAGCUGUUGCAAAACGUUUGGGUGUACAGCAUGGAAAAAGGAAGUUGCAGGAAACUUCAACUCCUGCCACUUCUUCGAAUGGUGUUAAGCAAGGAGGGAAAGCAGGCCCUGGUAUUCUUGGAGUCAAUAUUGGGAAGAAUAAGACAAGUGAAGAUGCGGCCGCUGAUUAUGUUUCAGGAGUUCAUACUUUGUCCCAGUUUGCAGAUUACUUGGUUAUAAAUGUUUCAUCACCAAAUACUCCAGGGUUGCGCAAACUCCAGGGAAGGAAACAACUAAAGGAUCUUGUAAAGAAGGUCCAAGCUGCUCGUGAUGACAUGCAGUGGGGUGAAGAUGGUCCUCCUCCUUUGCUAGUAAAAAUUGCUCCCGACUUGACUAAAGAAGAUCUUGAAGAUAUUGCAGCGGUCGCCCUUACUCUUCGCUUGGAUGGACUUAUUAUAUCAAAUACAACUAUUUCAAGACCAGAGCCAAUAAAUAGGUUGCCAGUGGCUCAAGAAGCCGGCGGUUUGAGUGGCAAGCCUCUUUUCAAAUUGUCUACCGAUAUUCUCAAAGAGAUGUAUCUUUUGACACGAGGAAAAAUUACUCUUAUUGGAUGUGGAGGUGUAAGCAGUGGUGAGGAUGCAUAUAAAAAGAUACGAGCUGGAGCAACCCUCGUUGAGCUUUAUACUGCCUUUGCCUAUGAAGGACCCGCCAUAGUUCCCCGGCUAAAGGCGGAACUAGCGAAAUGCUUGGAAAGGGAUGGUUUCAAAUCUGUCCACGAAGCUGUUGGUGCUGAUUAUAGAUGACCAUGAUCCAUUUGUCCUUACAGUGGUCCUCAUACUUUCUCUUGUACCACCCAAAAUCAAAGGAAUUUACUUGUAACUGCUUCAAAUUAAAGCAUAUAGGAUUCAAAUUAUCGACGGCUAUUGAGAAAAUAUAGGAACAUGAUGAGCUGCUUUUUGCUUGGAGAGAAUUUGUUUGUGGGAGUGGGAUAGUGGUGUGCCAUAGAAAUUCAUUGUCAAUUUUCUUGCGGAA